GUCGCAAAACGCGCCGCAGAGACGGUGACGAGCAGUCCUUAGCUCAGCCUACGCAUCCUCGCUUCAAGGGCUCUGUUUUGCAAAGGCAGGAUGAGGCCUUUUCUGCGGCUGAAGGAGGAGGCCGGUGAUGAGAUUGUCGCCUUCUUCCGGGUGGGCCGAAGCUUCUAUGUGUUCGUUAUGGGCGUCGUCCUCAUCAUACUCUCAAUUAUCUUGAUGGUCCGCUCAAGCCUCAUGAAUGCACUACGAGUGAGCGCCCGGAUGUCUCUCUGUUUGUCCCGAUCGUGUGUCGUGUGUGUGCAGGCCGCCACAUUUGAGAGCAAGGAGGCCAAGGCAGCCGCCCCAGGAUGGGAAAGAUUCGUCGCGGUAAGGAUGACAUGACACACCCAAUUUAUGGAAUAGGCCACCUAUAUUUGUGCCGCGUGUGUAGGCGACGGGGUCCAAUCAGUGGGUGUCGAGCAGUCUGUUUCUGAGCUGCGGCUGCGUUGUGAUGGCCAUCAACUACCUGCCUAGACUUGCGGGCGAGGCUGCGUGACAGUACAGUGUGGGCAUAUCGACAGGCGUUGAGGUCAUACAGGGGGAUGUCUGUCUGUUUCAGUGAUUGUAUAAAGACGUUUGCC